AUGACGACCCGACACCCGGAGUCCACCGAGGACUUCGAGUUCAUUCAGACUCCGGAAGCUCCCCAGCAGUCCAAGCCCGCCUUCGAUUGCGGUGUUCCGACCACGCUGUACCCGGCCAUUAAGAAUGCUCCCGUUCCCGCCGACUCGCCCGGUAGCGACAGCUUCUCCAAUGGCUUGAUGAUCUUCCUGGUCAUCGUGGUGCCUUGGUACCUGGCCCGCCAGGUUGGCGGUGGCUUCUACACCACCAUCUUCUUUGCUAUCUUCACCACUGUCCCCGUUCUCAUGGCCUUCUGGACCGUCUCUUCCUCCAUCUCCCCCCGCAAGACCGAGAAGGCCAAGUACUGCGGCCGCCCCGUCGAGUACUACCUGAACUUCCACAGCGAGCAUGACCGUGCCACCUACCGUGGCAAGAGCAAGAUCCCUAUGGAGGUCUUCUACGAGAAGUACUUCAACGGUGAGGUCGACUUUAAGGGUGAUGCCCUGGAGGCUCUCGAGUACCGUCACGAUUGGGCCAACUUCAAGUUCACCAUGGGUCUCUUCAAGCACUUCCUCUUCGGCUUCAUCCCUGAGAUGUUGCUGCACACUCGUUCCCAGGACGAGGAGCAGGUCCGUGACCACUACGACCGCGGUGACGACUUCUACGCUUGGUUCCUUGGCCCCCGCAUGAUCUACACUUCCGGUAUCAUCAGCGACAUCAACAAGGAAGAGACUCUGGAGGAGCUGCAGGACAACAAGCUGGCCGUCGUCUGUGAGAAGAUCGGCAUCCAGCCCGGUGAUAAGAUGCUCGACCUUGGCUGUGGCUGGGGUACUCUCGCUAAGUUCGCCUCCGUUCACUACGGUGCCCAGGUUACUGGUAUCACUCUUGGUCGUAACCAGACUGCCUGGGGUAACAAUGGUCUCCGCAAGGCUGGCAUUGAGGAGUCUCAGAGCCGCAUCGUCUGCUCCGACUACCGUGAUUCUCCCCGCGUUGAAGGUGGCUACCAGAAGAUUACCUGCCUGGAGAUGGCCGAGCACGUCGGUGUCCGCCACUUCUCUACUUUCUUGUCUCAGGUCUACGACAUGCUCGAUGACGAUGGUGUCUUCUUCCUGCAGAUCGCUGGUCUCCGCAAGUCUUGGCAGUACGAGGACCUCAUCUGGGGUCUGUUCAUGAACAAGUACAUUUUCCCCGGUGCCGAUGCCUCUACUCCUCUCGGCUUCGUCGUUGACCGCCUUGAGGGUGCCGGCUUCGAGAUCAAGGCUGUUGACACCAUCGGUGUCCACUACUCUGCCACCCUCUGGCGCUGGUACCGGAACUGGAUGGGCAACAAGGACAAGGUUGAAGCCAAGUACGGCAAGAGAUGGUUCCGCAUCUGGGAGUACUUCCUUGCUUCUUCCACCAUCACCUCCCGCCAGGGUGGUGCCACUUGCUGGCAGCUCACCCUUGUCAAGAACAUCAACUCUACCCACCGCGUUGAUGGUAUCAAGACCCAGUUCGGUCUUACCGGUGCCCGCGAGGCCGCCAUCGAGCGUGCCAACGGCACCCUCCCCAAGGCCCACGUCAUCAAGAAGGACCUGUAA